AUGGCGGACGUGAUGAAGGUUGCUGCAGAACUUUGUGAAAGAGACUCUCGCACCGAGCAAAAACAGUAUGGGCAGCUACUCCCCUCCAGGAAAAUAUCUCCUCUCGAGCCGUUUAUAAAGCUGGAGGAAUAUUUUAUGCUGGAACGCGACACAGGAAAAUAUUUACUCUACAUGGCUGCCAUAGAGAGAGCUACUGAGGAUAUUUUAAAUUCAAGUCAUGAUACCAGAAAAUUGAAGUGCCUUGUUCUGGGCCCAGGGCUUGGAAGAUUGGUCAGAUUCUGUAUUGAGGCAGGAAAGCAUUCUGAGGUUGAUGUGAGUGUUCAUGUUCUAGAGGCAAACCCUGUUGCUGUGGAGUUUUUGAGAAAAUCUUUUGGAAAAGAAAUUAAUGAUAAGAUUGUACACUUGUAUGAGCCAUUUGCCUUUCAUCCUAAGUUGAGAAUCUGUGACCUGCCAUCCGACCUCCAAGGACACUGUGGGUCCUUUGACAUUAUUGCAUCAGAAUUGCUUGGGUGCUUUGGAGAUGAUGAAUUCCUUCCAGAAYUCACUUCAACAUUAUACAAGAUUUUUCCGAAACCAGGAAGCGGCAUCAUGAUCCCAGAUACCUGGACAAACUACCUUGUACCAGUUUCUUGUCCAACGACUUACAACUACCUCACCACAAGUAAAAAGUCCCUAAAUGCUGGGUACACCAUGGGACUCCCAAAAGACUGUACUUUCCUGUCAAACACAAAAGCAGCCUGGACUGGGGACUGUAAGAACUUAGACAUGAAGUACAGUUGUGAUCUACAUUUUAAUCUCGAUUCAAAGGAUUGGACCUCUGCUGUUUCUCUUGAGAAUAACCAAACUAUGUCUCCUUUUAGUGAAACACUUUCAAAAGCAUCAGUAAGCCAAUCACAGCUUGAAGAUUUGUCAGCAAUUGGUGAUUGCCAUAGCAACACUCACUUUUUGCAGUCUGAACGAGACCCUAAACAUUUCCUGUACGACUCUGAAUUACCAUGUGAGAAUGAUGACAAGAUCAUAGAGGUAGCCCAUGCCGACGUUAAAGAUAACGACAGUGGCAAAGAACAUGGGACAAAGAAGAACACUCCUAAUAUUUUGAGGCAGACAGACACAUAUAUUCAUGGCUUUAUUGGUUAUUUCACAUCAGCUCUUUACAAAGACAUUAUAAUUGAUACACGGCAUACAUCUGGACACAGAAAUUCAUUUCACYGGGAGUGUUACUUUCUCCCACUUUAUAAGCCAGUUCUUGUCGAACCUGGUACUCAAGUCAAGAUUAGGAUGAACAGAAAUUGUGAAGAGUACCUAAAAGAUGGAUUGUAUUCAGGACUAAAACUAUGGUACGAAUGGCAAGUAUUAAUAGGGCAAAAAAAUGAUAUUAACUUUUCAAAUGUAUCUGAAAACAAGCCUAAACUUGAAGACGAAAAGGUAAAAUUCAACGACCAACCAGCUAAUUCAGGUUUUCUUCACCAUGACAAGCAUAGCAUACCAAGAAUAUCAAAGGAAUUCAGCUUAGAAGAUUCAAGCUUUGACGAAGAAUUUACAUUUUGCAAGGAAAGAGCCAGACAAUGCUCAAUGCAUAAAUUUUCUGUACAAAAUGGAAAUGGUGAAUCUGAUGCUGUAUAUUUAACCUGGGACAAAACAUAGUUUUGAAAUUAGGCAUUUGUUUCAUUCAAUUUCACGUUUUCUUAUUCAGAAAGCUUUAGCUGUGUCACGGGGUCGAUCUAGCAUUUUACGGCUUACCCCGAAGAUGAAUGUCAAUUUCAGUGGCGUAACCAGGGAUCUUGCAGGGGAGGUGCACAGGCAAUGAUUUGCAGAACCAAAAAAAAAAAGGUAGCAAAAAAAAAAAAAACAGAACCAAAAUGAAAAAAAAGUAGAACAAAAAAAACCCUCUAAAAUAUGCAGAUGAAAAGUGGUCUUCAUUCAAUCGAAAAACAUUUACAUGCAAUUUUAAAACAAAAGGAGAUAGAUGAGCGGACCUUAAGCUUUUAUGGGGGGGAGAGUGAAAGAGCACCCUGUGCUCCCCCUGGUUACGGCCCUGAAUUUUACAUUCACAGAGAAGAUGUUUCCCACAAUUCUCGUGGAAAUCCUUUGCAGCAAAGGCUCCCUGUGGCAGCUCUGAAGAUACCUUGGGCCUGGGUGGCUUACACGUAUCGUAAAGAAGGUAUCGUUUUCCUCUUAAAGUGAAUCGACCCUUUUUUAGAACCAGUUCUAACCAUCCCAUCCUUGAUUAUCGUGGAUUUUACUUCAGUCAAUUUACAGCCUUGUGACUCUGAGGGUUUUUUCACGCAGUUGAUAUAUUUGUCGAUCACCUUCUCGUAGGAAUCCAACGGGGCGCUUCCUUGUGAGAGUAUCUUGAAGUGAAAAUCCUUGACCUUAAACCGUGCCCCUAGUUCUUUUUGGGCCUUUUGUCGAAGCCUGAGUAGUUCUUGUCUUCCUAUCAUGUAUGCUGUAGCUUGGCCAGGCGUGCUUUGGUACCGUACAACCUCCUUCAAAACCACAUCUCCUGUAGCCCAAGCAAAAUCUUCGAAUUUCUGGAUUGCUUGAUGUUGCGUCAUGUUUCUGUAGUGUAGACCUGUGUCUACAACCAGUCGCAGAGCUCGCCAUAUCUGAAAAAAAUGAUAAUAUUCGACGCAGUUGUCUGACUUAGGACAGCCCUGCAGAGGUUGUUUCAGGGUUCAAUCUGUGAGUUAGCCUGCCAUGCCCUGACUUAGAUCAGCCCAGAGGUUGUUUCAGGGUUCAAUCUGUGAGUUAUCCAUGCUCUGACUUAGAUCAGCCCAGAGGUUGUUUCAGGGUUCAAUCUGUGAGUUAUCCAUGCCCUGACUUAGAUCAGCCUAGAGGUUGUUUCAGGGUUCAAUAAAAUUGAAGUAUGAUACAUACCUGCCAUUUUAGCAUUCCAUAUCUGUAGAGCGGUUCAUCAUUGUACAGAUCAGUGUCUUGAGCUAUCAAAGGAUUCUCAGCAUAUAGUCCCCAGCCCUCGUCAAUAGCAUUGUACGAGCCACUAGUUUCGUACUGGAUCCAACUUAUCAAAUCGUUACAGGGGUCCAUGAAGUUUUCAACUUGACCUUGAAGCUGAGAUAAAAAAUUAUGUAAAUGUGCUGCAUGUAACGUCAUAGCCGCCAUAUGGGGUGCCGUGUUGCAUGGUUGACUUUCGAAACGAAAGAUUUGGUCAUUUUUUAUAUCAACUAAAAUGAUGACCAAAUUAUAAGGUGUCUUCGUAUUGUAUACUAUGUACUUCAAGCUCUAUUUCAUAUAAGUAGCAUUCAUAUCAGGGAACUUUACCAAUACUAUUGUUAGACGCCGCAGAGAGGCGCGCGCUAUAUUUCGUUUCAAGAAUUUGCAUACUAAUUGGGACAACCAUGAAUUUAGUUUUUUAGCUUAAUUUCAUUUUGUCUUCCGUCUAUUGCGUUAUCCAAAUUCAAUUUAUUUUAUCGACAAUCUCAUUAUAUUGUACUUUUGUUUCAAUUAUUCUCGCGCGCGCCUCGGUCUUUUCUUUUCUUUUUAAACGUCUAUUUUAAGGCAUUUUUUAGGCAGUUAUACCAUAUAGAUUAUAUUUUUCAUAUAUAUAUCCCAUAUACUGUAUAUAUACUCUACGUAAAGUGCUACACAUUCGAUCCUUAAAAUGCAAAUGAACCCUUUGACAAUACAUUCAGUACUGGUUCUUCAUAAAGUAAAUAGUUGAUUGGUAAAAUAUUUCUUGAUUUGAGUGAUGCGUUUCCAACUGGAAAUUCAGAAUAUAUAUAGUUAACCUGUAAAUGAUGACCAGGCAUGACCUCGUGGGCGUUGAUGCUCCAAUCCUCGUACUUCGGUCCAGGCUUGUCCAGGAAGAAUGGUAUGAAGUAAGUCGAAGUUCCCUCGCACGCCGCGUCAGAGUACAAGUAACUCUGCGCGCCACUUGUUGGGUUGAAGUCUGGUUGGAGCUCAACUGGACAACUUGGAGUGGUCUUGUAUUUACCAGUGAAGUAGAACAUGUUGAAUACUUUUGCCUCUAGCAUAGACAUGACCUAAGACAAGUAAAACGCGGAGUCAAAGCAAUGGUCCCUGUUUAGAAAUAGACCAUUUUAGCUAGGGCGUAACGUUUUCCCAUUUCAUACCAAGUGUCAUUCUCUAGAGAUUAAGAUUCUUUGUUUGAGAGUGAUAUCCAUACUGUCCUUGAACAAAGRAAAUGACACUCUUGGGAAUGACAAUCGUGGUUUGAAAUGAGAAAACAUCCAGUUGAUCUGAGAAAAAACCGUCAUUUAAAUUUGAAAGAUUACUUGGAGCUCUGUAGAGAUCCGUAGAGCUCUGUACACUACGACAGUCAGGAGAGAAUGAGCAAUUUCACGUUUUUAUUUAUUUCAAUACGUUAGUGAUACAUAAUUGUAAAUUUUCAUUCAUUUAUUUUUAUAAUUAAGCACUAUUGGGCUUUUUAUGGAAAUAGGGCUAUAUAAAUAAAUAAAGUUAUUAUUA